AUGCUUACAGCUAGAACAGACACUUCAUCGAUGACUAUAGAAUGGGCCUUGUCUCUUUUGCUCAACCAUCCCAAGAUGCUAGAGAAAGCUCGAGCUAAAUUGGAUGCUCAAGUAGGAAUUGAUCGAUUGGUCGACGAACAUAAUCUAUCCAAUCUUCCUUAUCUUCAUAACAUUAUUUCAGAAACACUUUGGUUGUACCCAGCAGCACCAAUGCCUGUGCCACAUGAGUUGUCUGAUGACUGUAAAAUUGGGGGAUACAAUAUUCCGCGAGGUACAAUUUUGCUAGUUAAUGCAUGGGCAAUUCACAGGGACCCAAACGUUUGGGAUGAUCCAACAAGCUUCAAGCCAGAGAGAUUCGAAGGCUUGUAG